CUUGGACUACUGUUCCUCCACUCUCUCGGCAUCGUCCACCAGGACAUCAAACCUGCGAACAUCCUCGUCUCCGCAGACGGGCACGCUGUCAUCACCGACUUCGGCUCUGCACACUUUAUGCCCAGAUGCGACCUCGCGCCGUCUUCCCACACCGUCGCCCAGAGCCAGAGCAUCGACUUCUCGAGCAACGCAGCCUGGGGGAGUUCUCGUUACACGGACCCGGAGUGCAAAUUCAGGCCCAUCCUGCUAAGCGCGAACGACCAACUGUCCUUCACCAGGCGGUACGCGGCCCCCGAGAUCCUGGACGCACCCCCGGGGGCGGCCGACCGGAGUGUGCUCGUGUACGACGAGCGCGUCGACUUUUACAGUCUUGGCGUGAUGCUGCGCGAGCUUGCCCUGGGCGAC